AUGGACGCAUGUGUCUCCUUUCUCCAUCUCUACUCUGCGUACUGGAUAAAUCAGGGGACCGUCCAAACCAUCAGGAUGUCCAGGAAAGGUCGGUCAAAACACUCUAAGGUAUCAGCUGAUGAUCUUUUAUUAGAUGAUCAUGUUGGAAAGUUUCCCAGCAACAGGAAGAACUUGGUUAAUAUAAGCCAUUUAGUCGAGUACACACUACCUAAUGAUUAUUCCAGCAAUAACAGACCACUUAACAAACGACUACCUAGGCCAAGGAGAAGAUCCGAUUCGGUUCAUCUAAGCAAUAUGGAAUAUAUCAAUGUGAAUUUCAAAUUUAUAGUGAAUUCUACGGGAGAUUUCAGAGCUCAAGUUUUAGAUCCUAAUGUUCCUUUGAAGCAAAGAGAUAUUUUACGAGUCAUCAUCUCCAAAAACGAUGCUCAAUGUCCUAUUUGCUUGAAUGAAGAACCAAUUGCUCCGAGGAUGAUCAAAUGUGGACAUGUUCUUUGUUUUUCAUGUUUGUUGAGGUUCCUAGAGCUGGACUCGACCAAGCAGUGCCCACUAUGUGCUUCAAUUAUCAAAGAAAACGAAGUCCUACCCGUGUUGAUUAGUCAGGUAGAUAACAGAUUUGAUGCCCCCCGAGCUAAUGAAUUCUUAUCUCUUCAUUUGAUGCAUCGUCCAAGUAAUGACAUCUUGGCCUUGCCUUAUCAGUUUGAACUGUCUGAAGAAGGUGGCGUUAAUGGGCACCGACCGGAGAACUUCCCAUGGUAUAGCGAGGCUCAUCAGCAAUUCUACCAAUAUGCAAGGAUAUUAAAGGCGGACCCACUUUUUUCUAUCCAAUGUUAUGAGAAGGAAAUUGAGUUUAUUCAUACUAACUAUGAGGAGGACAAAUUACUUUACAAUGAAAAUGACAUUUACUGUCAAAAGGCCAUAGAUAAAAUACGGUCUCUUAUAAACGACGAAAGAAAAUCUAUGGAAUCAAGCCCCGACGAUAUCUCCAAUUCUUAUGACAGUUCUUUCUCAAAGCUGAUCAACGAUACUGAAAAUCUUCAACUGCAGGAUUUGAUGGUGAAACAAUAUGAAAAACAGGAUCAAAGUGGAUAUUUCUUUUACCAAACAUCAUUCAACUCUAAAAUAAAGUUCUUUUUGUCGCCUUUGGACAUUUCUGUGAUAAAAGCAAUAUAUGGUGACAAUUUUUCUCUUUUUCCGUUAGUGUUGAGCCUAAAGUUGCAGGACAUUACCUAUGAGACAGUUUUGCCCGACUUUCUGAAAAAGCACAAGUACUUAUCCCAUCUUCCCAUAGGUUCUGAAAUAGGUUUUCUUGAUGUUGAGUGGUUUGAGGAAAAGGGGAAGACCUUUCGAUCUAUAUUACCAACACAGGUUUUUCAAAGAUUCAAGAAACAGCUACUGGAAAGGGCAAAACGUACAUCCCAGAGAAAUAAAAGGGAAGAGAAGAACAGAGUGAAAUUUGAGAAAGAACUAGAACAAAAAACUUUAGAAUUCUAUGCUUCAGAGAAUAAUAGAUCACUUGGGGAUUAUGGGCUCGCAUCCAUCGCAACCAGAGAGACUCCUACAUUAGAUUCCUCAUUGAUCGAAAAGAGUGAUACCAAUAUAGAUCUUGAAAACGCUGUUACAACUGUCUGGGGUACGAAGAUUAUUCAGCGAAGUGACAACAUAGAAGAACCCGAAGAAGAUUGGCAUAUGGAACCCUUACUUCAACAAGCCAGAGAGAAAGAAUUGCAGAAGCACCUUAAGAAAAGAAGCAAAAAGAAGAGGAAUCAAUAA